AUGGGUGACUUACCUAAGGACCGAGUCGAACCAGCGCGAGCCUUUGUUAAAUGUGGCGUAGAUUUUACUGGUCCAGUGUUUGUGCGGUCUAGUUUGCGAAGAAACGCGCCUAAGACUAAAGCGUAUAUCAUGCAUGAACUUUUAGCUAAACCAGAAAUUAAAAAUGAAUUAAGUAAUAAAGGAAUUCAAUGGCAUUUUAUUCCGGCCCGUAGUCCUCACUUUGGCGGAUUGUGGGAGGCGUCUGUUAAAUCUGUUAAGGCACAUUUGCUCAAAUCGAUUGGUAAUGCUCUGUUUAACUAUGAAGAAUUAUAUACAAUACUUAUUCGAGUAGAAGCCAUAUUAAAUUCACGACCUUUGACACCUUUAUCCACGGAUCCAAGUGACUUAUCGGUUUUAACACCUGGUCAUUUUUUGAUAGGUGACUCGCUAUCCGCUUUUCCUGAACGUGACGUAACGAAUAUUAUGGAGAACAGACUAACUCGCUGGAGGCGUGUUGUUCAAAUUACGCAAAAAAUAUGGAUUAGAUGGAAGAACGAGUAUCUCAAUCAGUUACAAGAGCGAAAAAAAUGGUCACAAUCAAAUGGUCCUGGUUUGAAGAAAAACACUGUAGUUCUCAUGCGUGAUGAAAACUUGCCCCCUUUAAAAUGGUCAAUUGGAAGAAUAAUGGAAGUUCAUAGUGGUUCUGAUGGCGUCGUACGAGUGGCUACUAUCCGUACAGCAACCGGUGUAUAUAAACGAGCUGUUCGUCAAUUAUGUCCAUUACCUUUCGAGGGAAAUUGUACAGCAAGUUCAAAUAAUUAA